AUGGAUCGCCUGCGAAAAAGGGAGCUCCGCGGCCUGAACGAGCGGGCCUGGGCUGGCGAACCGGACGUCUUCCCGGUGAGCAAGUCGCUCGACUCGGCCCUCAAGAAAAACACCGCCUUCAUCAAACGUCUCCGCACGGGGAUCAGCGCCUCCGCCCAUUCGACCUUUCUCGCCGAUAUCCGCACCCUCUCUCUCCAUAAAUACCUCUCCGAGAUCAUCUCCGCCUGCUACGAGGGUCUAUGCAAAUUGAAAUCGCCCGGGGAGAUCGCGGCCGGCGUCGAGGUUGUCAGCGCACUGCACCAGCGUUUCGGUCCAUGGGAAUUCACCCGGCAGAUCGGCUGGCUGCUGGGCCGCGGGCUGAGCACCCCGGACAAGGCGCAGCUGAAGGCUCUGAGCCAGGAGGUUCGCGAGCGCGAAGAAAAAGAGCGCCUGUCCCGACACCGUGUGCUCCUGCGAGUCGUCACGGAGCUGUGGCUCGUCGGCGUGUUGAGGACCUUGGAUGACGUCGAGCGGCCCGAGGAUCUGGGCGCGAAAGGCAAGGAUGGUGUGGUUGGGAUCGGUGGCAAACCCUCCGAUACGCCGUUGAAGUCGAAGACCCCGGCGGCGGCGAAGGAUCAGGACAAACAGGCGGAGCCGUUCCCGUUGGAGGUUCUGAAGGAACUGCUGGGCCAUGACCGUGACCACACCAAUUUGCCCUUGGCGGUUUUGUUUGUGAAGGGUUUUAGCUGGGAUAUCAUCGGUUCGAGGCUUGCUGAGGAGGGCAGGAAGACCGUCGAAGCGGACGGUGCUACAUCUACGACUGCCGGCGCGGAGCCAGCCCAUGCGGAGGCUGCUGAAGUUACGACUGAGGCGGACCUGCCCCUGACUCCAGAGAAGACCCAACAGCGAUUUAAGAGUAUUUUGAACCGGUACCUGGAGGAUGUCAAGGCGCAUGUGGUUCGUGACCAGAGGGCCCUGGCCUCGCAAAGCCGUCGAAAUGCCGAGGCGUACGUCAAGAGCGGCGAGAUCUUCGAGGACCGUCAAUCGAAUUUCGAGAAGCAAUCGAAAUCCCUGGAGAAGCUCGUCGCCAACACCCAGGUGAUGUGCGAAGCUCUAGGGGCCGAGAUGCCCGACCUUGCGGAGAAGGAGACCAACGACGCGGCGUCAAGUGGCGGCAUUGGCCUUGUGAAGACGACCGACUAUUUGCGUGGACAGGGCGAAGGGGCUGGCAUUUGGGAAGAUGAAGAGGAACGCCGCUUCUAUGAGAACCUGGUCGACUUGAAGGGCAAGGUGCCUGCGGUGUUGCUGGAGGACGGCAAGAAAAAGAAGAGCGAAGCCGAAGAGGCUGGAAAGAAGAAAGCCGAUGGCGAGCCAGCAGCCGAAGAGAAGGCAGAGCCUUUGGACGAAAAGGCGACUGCGGAGGCGGAUGACCAGUCGAUGGCAAUUGCCAGCAAGACAGUAGGCGCGCAAGUGGAUGCCCUCUUGGCCAAGCUUCCGGAAUUGCAAACAAAAGAUCACGUCGACCAGCUUGCCCUGGACUUCUGCUUUGUCAACUCCAAGGCGUCGAGAAACAGACUGGUGAAAGCCGUUUCGGACAUCCCCAAGGGUCGUAUUGACCUGCUGCCCUUGUAUUCUCGCUUGGUGGCCACGCUCGGCCAGUAUCUGCCGGAUAUUCCGCAGGGACUGACCACGUAUCUCGAUGAAGAGUUCCGGAGUCUGCAGCGGCGCAAGUCAAAGGAGUUUUUGGGCCAAGUGCGCAUGAGCAAUGUACGGUACCUGGCCGAGCUGACCAAGUUCGGCGUGGUGCCGGAGCACAUUAUCUUCCAUUGCUUCAAGGUUUCCCUCGACGACUUUUCGCGCAUGAACAUUGAGAUCAUCGGUAAUCUGCUGGAAAAUUGUGGUCGCUACUUGCUGCGCAACCCGGAAACAUCCCCCAGAAUGGCGUCUUUCUUGGAAACGCUCAGUCGCAAGAAGGCGGUGCAGCAUCUGGCUCAGCAGGAGCGCAUGGUUAUCGAAAAUGCCAUCUACUAUGUCGACCCGCCGCCACGACCAGCGAUUCAGCAGAAGGAGCGUACCCCGAUGGAGCAAUACAUCAGACGCCUGAUCUACUUGGAUAUGAACAAGCGCAAUUACACCAAGAUCUUGAAGUCUAUCCGCAAGCUUCAUUGGGAGGAGCAAGAGGUGGUCGAUAUCCUGGAACGUGUCUUCAGCAAGCCGGUCAAGGUCAAAUACGGUAGCAUCCACCUUCUGGCAAUCCUUGUCAGCGCCCUCUACCGGUAUCAUCAGGCCUUUGUGAUUGGCAUCGUGGACAAUGUCCUUGAGCAGAUCACGCUGGGCCUUGAACAGAAUGACUUCAAGUUCAAUCAGAAGCGCAUUGCCGAAGUCAAGUACCUGGGAGAGCUUUACAACUACAAGAUGAUUGAUUCACCUGUCAUCUUCGACACGUUGUAUCGCAUGCUCACUUUCGGCCACGAGGGCGGCACCCCGGUUCCCGGGAAGAUAAAUGUGCUGGACAUGCCGGAUGACUACUUCCGAGUUCGGCUGGCGUGCACGCUACUAGACACCUGCGGCCACUGCUUCGAUCGUGGCUCGGCGAAGAAGAAGCUGGAUUUCUUCCUCACGUUCUUCCAAUAUUAUCUUUUCACCAAGGACCCGCUGCCCAUGGAUGUCGACUUUCUUGUCCAGGACACCUACUCGACCAUCCGGCCGCAGUGGAAGCUGGCCACUGACCCUGAAGAAGCGACGCGCAUUUUCGGCGAGGCUGUGGCUCAGAACUACCAUGUGCCGGAAUCCGAGAGACCUGCCGAGGCCGACGAGGAGGAUGCGGAGAGCAGUUCGUCUGAUGACGAAGGUCUCGAGGAGGAUGUAAUUCCUGAAAUUGAGGAGGACCAGGAGUCCAGCGACGAGGCCGAGGUAUCUGGCCCCAACCCGGAGGCCAAUGACGAGAGCGAAUCCGAAGACGAGCAGAUCGUCGUUACGCGUCAGGAGGAAGAGCGAGACCCAGAAGCCGAGGCGGACUUCGACCGAGAAUUCGAAAAGAUGAUGGCCGAAAGCAUGGACUCGAGACGGUUCGAGCGCAAGGCCGUCUUCGAUAUUCCUCUACCCAUGAAGAGACCAGCGCGCGAGGCUCUGCCUACCGACUCUGCUACCCCCGAGCCAGCACCAGUUGAGCCGGUGGCGCCCAAGACCAUGGCGUUCUCGCUGAUGACUAAGAAGGGAAACAAGCAGCAGACCCGCACCAUCGACCUGCCAUCCGACUCCAGCUUUGCAGUCGCCAUGCGGAGCCAGCAGCAGGCAGACCGGGAAGAGCAGCAGCGGAUCAAGAAUCUGGUGCUUAACUACGAAGCAUCCAACGAGCCCGAGCCCACUGAGGGUUUAGAAAAACGCACUACUCCUAGCCAGAAGAUGGACAAAUCUGCCAAUCGCACCGCAUUCCGGUCCCGCAAACUCCAACUUAGCGACGUCAAUUGGUAA